AUGACUGCGAAAGAAAAUUAUCCAUGCACCCCUUCUUUAGAAACAAAGAAUAAUCAUAAUCAAACAUUGACACCAACAUCUACAACACCUCCUUCACAACUGCAUAUGGAAGAAACUUCUCCACCUUUAAUUGAUGCUCAUAUGAAUGUAAAUACAAUGUCUUCUAAUGAUACACAUCAUUCUCCUAUCGCAACAUCGCCUACUCUAAAUCGUAAUGAUUCGGAAGAAUAUAACGAUAAUAUUCAAUUGCCAAUGAGUACAAACAGUAUUUCAAAUUUAAUAUUAAAUAACACAUCAAUACCAAUGCCACAUUCUUUGUCGGUUCGUUCACAAUCAGAUAAUUAUCCUCCACCUGAAUAUCAUGGACCAUCUACUCAUAACAUGGAUGUGGGAGAACCCUACCAUACCCAUCAUAACAUACAACAUCGAUCACCUAUCAACGAAAAUGAUUAUGAGGAAAAUCAAGAAGAUCCUCAACAAAUAGAACCAGAGGAUGAUGGAGAUGUCUAUGAUGAAAAUGGCGAACCCAAAUUUCCGUUGGCUGACUUGAUUAAAUUAGAAGAACAAUUGAAUCAGACGCGUUGGAUUGUACCCGUAUUGGCCGAUGGUGAAUUAAUCAAAUGUUUAAGAGCAGCAAUCAAAUUAGCAAAACAUAAAGAUGAUUGUAUGCCAUUACUUGAGAUUCUCGGAAUGUUAAUGAAUCCAAACUGUCGAUAUCAUCAAUCAGGUCAUAGUCGUCAAAGUGAUUAUCGUUUGCCUGCCGAUGUAGAGCCAUUUGCCUUGUCCAGUGAUUAUCGUGUAAUGCAAAGAGGUUGGCUUGUUGAUUUUAUCAAUCGUUUUGGUUUCCAUGGUGGUUUCGAUAAAGUUCAUUCCCGUUUUACAUCAGCCGAUUUACAUCCGAAAUUAACUAUAUCUAUUGUUGUCUCAUUACUCAAACCUUGGGGGCUUUGCUAUGAUUAUUUAACCCCAAACACAGUUAAAAGAUGUUUUUUUCCCAUUAUUAGUAUUGUCCCAGACUUUUUGGAUCACUUAUCCGAAAAUGAUUUGAAAUUUGAAACAAAAACUGAACCAAAAAGUGAUACAUUAUCAACAGUUAUUAAAUGGUUGCGUUCAUUGGCAUCACGUAUACCAGAUAAUGAUAAAUCUUGUCGAAGUUUAGAUGCACUUCGCUUAAAAAUGAUAUUACGAAUUUUACAAACAAAUUCAUUUAGUGGAAAGAUGAAUGCAUUGAAUGAAGUAAAUAAAUUAAUAAUGAGUUUAAAUACAAAUCAACGUUCGCAAUCAUUACGAUCGGACGAUUAUGAAAGUUUAACAGCUGAUAAAUUAACUCAAUGGAUUCAAGAUAAUCAAAUAUUAGAUAUUGUUUUACGUGACUGUUUACAUCAACCACAAUAUGUUGAAAAAUUAGAAAAAAUCUUACGUUUUAUAAUUAAAGAGCAUGCAUUAACAAAAGAUGAUUUAGAUAAAAUAUGGAAUUCAUCUUGUGGAAAACAUGAAGCAAUUGAAAAAAAUGUACACGAUUUAUUAUCAAAAUUAGCAUGGGAUUUUUCGCCAGAACAAUUGGAACAUUUAUUUGAAUGUUUUAGAAGAAGUUGGACUCGUGCAAGUAAAAAACAGCGUGAAAAAUUACUUGAAUUAAUUCGACGAUUAGCAGAAGAUGAUAAAGAAGGCAUGAUGGCCAAUAAAGUACUCGAAUUAUUGUGGGCAAUAGCACACGAUGAACAUUUACCAAACGAAAUUGUUGAUCAAGCAUUAAAUGCACAUUUAAAAAUUCUUGACUAUAGCUGUUUACAGGAAAAAGAGAAAACAAAAUUAUCUUGGAUAGAAAAGUUUAUGGAUGAAGUUAAACAUGAUCAUGGACAUGUUAUCAUUUCCUUACGCCAACUUCGUGAAAUUUGUAUGCAAUUUCAUGAGAAUAUGUAUUCACAAAACAUUCCACGAAUGAUGUCUGGUCUUCAUAACCGUCAGAAUGUCAUUGAACAAUUAGAAAAGAGUCAUCAGUUAAUUAAAGUUGUGACAGAUAAUUUGUGUCAAUAUAUGAAAAAUGCAAGAAUAUAUAAAGAAGAUUCAAAAGCAACAAUACCGGAAGACUAUUAUCCUGAUGGAAGAUUCAAUCAUAUUCAGCAAAUUCAAGAACGACUUAGCUUUUUAAAAUUCAUAUUGAAAGAAGGUCAUCUUUAUUUGAUGGCCGAUUAUUCAAAAUCAAUUUGGAAAUGUCUUGCUGAAGAAGCGGCUUAUCCAAAUGAUCGAGAAUUAUGUUUUCGUUGGUUUGCAGAAUUGGUGGGCGAUGAUUCGGAUAUUGAGCCAACAGCAAAUCAAGAUUUUUUUCAAAAUCACUUAAUGAAACUUGAUCCAAACUUGUUAACUGAACUUGGAAUGAGUUGUUUCGAUCGUUUUUUCAAAUCUGUGAAUGCUCAAUUACAUAAACUUGUAUUAAAACGACGUUCAAUUCGUUUACAAAAUGAUGAAAAUUUAGUGGGUAUUGAAUAUUUGUGGCAAUUGAUAUUAAACGGAUCAGAUGAAGUAGCUGAACGCGGAAUAACUUUAAUUAAAGAAAUUUACACAAAUAUCAGUCCACAAUUAAAACAAGAACAUAAACGUAUUCAUCAAACAUUUAUAUCUGAUUGUUUAGACCGUUUACGUCUAUUGUAUGACGAUAUUAAAGCGAUGAAUAAAGAACAUAUUUCAAAAACUAAAUUUAAUCAUAAACUCAAUAGUCUUAUACGAAUUUUAGUUGUUUUAAGAGAAUAUAUGUCGGAAUGUGAUAAUUCCUACCAUAAAGAACGUUCAACAUUACCAAUGUCAAGGGCAUUUCGUGGACGACCAGUAAUCAUCAUUGUUCGUGUUAAUCAAAGUCCGAAUCGUCCGGCAGAUGAAUUCGAACACUCAUGUCAUUCAAAUGAAACAUGGGGACAAAUUCGACGUUCAAUAUAUCAACGGUUUAAUACAACUUAUGGUGUUAUUGAAUUAUAUCGUAACAGUGAAUUAAUUCAUCCGUGUGACGAUAAUAAAACAUUAGCGCAAACCGAAACUCGUGAUCGUCUAAUAAUAACAGUUCGAUGGGUUCAACAUCAAAGUCACACAGGUUCAAGUGGUGAAAGUAGUAGUUCUGAAUCAAAUGAUAACAAUAACAAUUCAUCAUUUUCCCAUCAUAGUCGAGUACUCGAACAUCCUGAUCCAUUAGCUGAGUCAACAUUGCCAUCUGUGAUAUUUUCUCAAAAUCAUGCUAAUUGUAAAUUUUUAAUUGAUUUGGCUGAUCUCGGUUGUACAGAACAAAAUAAUCGUUUACGUGAUACAGCUCGACAAAUAUUAGAUAUAAUUCCAUAUGAUAAAAGUGUUAUGCAACAAUUAAAUAAUUGUUUUACUCAACAAUCAUCGUCUGGUGAACAAAUUAGCUUAGAUGAAACACAUAAAAGAUUAGAAAUGUUCUAUUUUCAUACAACUACAAUAUCCCAAUUGUUAUAUAAUUUAAAGGUGACACAUAUUGGCUUGAUGCCGGCAGCUCCAACUACUCAACAAAUAGCCGCUGUUGAAUUUCUACACAUUCGAUUUUUACAUGGUGGCGGUUUGACUUGUAUGUUAAAUAUUUUACCGCAUCAGUUAUCGUCUACUAUUUCUUCUACAACGGGUCGAUCGUCCACAACCAUCACAAAUCCCAUUCAUCAAUCUUUCACUGAUAGUUCAUCACUCAAAUCAAUCUAUUUAGUUGUAUUGUACAUAUGUAAACGUUUGUUAACAAUACUUGGAUAUUAUCAAUGUAAGCUAUCUCAAUCACAAGAUCAUGUCAUCAUCCUGGAUUCAAUGUUACAAACUGUACCAACCUUAACAUUAAUUACAGUUAAUAACGCUGGUGAACAAUUGCAACAACAUGUACCUCUAUCAUUAGAACAGAAAAUAGCUAAUUAUUUAACAUCGAAAAAAGAUCAUUCUAUACCAAAAUCAUCGUUAUUACAGUAUACACAUUUAAUAGCAUUAAUUCGUUUAAUUUGGUGUUUAGCUGCUGAUAGUAGUGGAAAAUAUCGAAAUACAAUGACAACCACGUUAGAAACGUCUUUAAAAUCAGAUUUUAAUACAAUACAUAAACAUUUUAAACAAGAUCAUGCAAUUGGCAAUUUGACAAUUGAUGAAAAUACUAUUGUUGAUGAUGAUGAUGACGAUGAAGAUGACGAAAGUCAAAUUCUUGCGUGUCGUGAAGCUCUCGAAAUGUUAUCAUUGUGCAUUGUUCUUGUUCAUGCAUCGAUUGAAAAAUUAAUUCAGGAACCAUUUUUUGAAAAUUUUCUCAUCGAUUUAAUACUCUAUUGUCGUCAUCAGUUAGUUCGUCAUACAGCGUAUGACCAAUUUUUUCUUUUGGCUUCACGUGCGAGUAGAGGUGAAGGAGUUCUUCAAUAUAUCAUACAUAUUCAAUUUAAACUAUUAGAUAAAACAUCAACGUAUCGAGACGAUCUGCAAAUAUAUUCUCAACAGUCAAACGAAUAUUUUCUAUUGUUAUGUCGUUUAUUAUCAUUUGCAUUUGCAAAUCAAGUGAUACCGCCUGAUAUUGAUAAACAAUUGAACGAUGAAAUUGACUGGUUAAAAAAUGUACCAACAACAUCAAAUAGACAAUUAACAACAAUAAAUGAUCAAUUACUGAAAGGACAUUUGACCGUAGCGAAAGAACUACUAGCUUUUCAGAAUAGUGAAAGAAAAAGUUAUUACGGUGGAUUAUCAUCUGACGGUAUUGGACAAUCACUUAUACAGGAAUUAAUUGAACAAUUUUUAUUUCCUGCCUCCAUGUUAUUGUAUCAAUUUCGACGUAGACGUCUUCAACAACGACAAUCUCAACCGGAUGUGCGCUACGAAAACACUAACGAUAAUGAAAUGGAUUUAUUGAAAGAACCACCUGUUGCCAUAUGUCAGACACCACAAACAUCCCAAGCAGCAUUUGAUCUUCUUGUCGUGUUAGGAACAAAUUGUAUUGAUAAUUUGAGAGUAAUUGACGAUUAUUUAACAAAUUUAUUUUAUACAGUGCCCGAUUCAACCUUAUCGGAAUGGGAUUUUUCACCUCCGAUUGGUCCUCGUCCAAAUCGAGGUUUUGUUGGUUUAAAAAAUGGUGGUGCUACUUGCUAUAUGAAUUCUGUGUUACAACAGUUAUUUAUGAUUGAAACAUUGAGAUCAGCAUUAUUAUCCGUUAAAAUUCCCGGUCAUUAUGACGAGGAAACUGAUGAUGAUGACAAACGUGAUACAUCGGAAUCAUUUGCAGAUGCAAAAUCUUUUCUCAAAGAUAUCCAUACAACAACUACUACAACAAAAAAUUCACCAAGUAAUAUGAGUUUAGAUAAUAAUCAACAAGAAAUGAACGAAAAUAAUACAAAUGAAAGUGGUGGACAAAAAACGCCAGUAUCAUCAAAAAAUGGUGAUCGAACUGAUUACAAUAUCUGUAUUUUGAAGCAUAUACAGCGGAUCUUUGGACAUUGUCUAGAAUCAAAAUUACAAUUUCAUAUACCAAGAGGUUUCUGGAAAAUAUUCAAAUUUUCUGGUGAGCCCGUAAAUUUACGUGAACAACAUGAUGCUGUUGAGUUUCUUAAUACGGUUGUUGACAGUGUUGAUGAAGCACUCAAAUCAUUAAAUUUACCUCAGAUAUGUUCAAAAGUAUUAGGUGGAACAUUUGCCGAUCAAAAAAUAUGUAAAGAUUGUCCACACAGAUAUUCUCGUGAAGAAGAUUUUACGUUAGUGAGUGUUGAUAUUCGUCAUAGUCAAAAUUUGAAAGAAUCACUCGAACAAUAUGUUAUUGGUGAACUUCUUGAUGGUCCAAAUGCCUAUUUUUGUGAAAAAUGUAAUAAAAAAGUUGAUACUGUGAAACGAACUUGUUUCAAAAAAUUACCACCAAUUCUUGCAAUUCAAUUGAAACGCUUUGAUUAUGAUUGGGAACGUGAAACACCAAUUAAGUUUAAUGAUUAUUUUGAAUUUCCAAGAGAAUUAAAUAUGGAACCUUAUACCGUACAAGGUUUAGCCAAAGCUGAAGGUAUUGCCGUAACCGAUGAUUGUUCAGCUGAUGAAAACAAUCGUUCUAUUAAUCCCGGAGGAAUGCAGUAUAAACUUGUGGGUAUCAUUGUUCAUAGUGGUCAAGCGAAUGGUGGACAUUAUUAUUCAUUUAUUCAAACUAAAAAUGAAAAUUUGGAUCAAUCACAUUGGUAUAAAUUUGAUGAUAUUGAUGUUAGUGAAUGUAAGAUGGAUGAUGACGAAGAACUACGUUCCCAAUGUUUCGGUGGUGAUUAUCCAACACAAACAUUUGAUCAACCUGUUAUGAAACGUCAACGACGCUGGUGGAAUGCGUAUAUAUUAUUUUAUAAACAAAUAACAGAUUCUACCGAAGUUAAUUUAGAAAAAGAUUUAUCCGAAUUACAUUUAUAUGAUCAACAACAGCGAAUGCCAUUAUCUGUUCAACGAAGUGUUCGAAGACAAAAUAUUAGAUUUUUACACAAUCGAAUACAUUUUAGUCAGGAAUAUUUUAUAUUUAUGAAACGUUUAGUACAGAGUAAUAUUCAAGUAAUUUCAAUAAAUAUACAACAACAACAACAAAAUCCGGAUAGAAUAGUUAUGACCGAUGAUUUAGAAGAAUUGGCACUUGUCAGUGUACAAAUUGCAUGUAAAUUUUUAUUCUCUGUCGGAUGGCAUACAAAAAAAGCCCUGCGUGGUCCAGCAAGUGAUUGGUCCGAUUUGAUUGGACAAUACAUACGUGUCUCACGUAAAGCAAGACAUUUUAUGAGUGAAGAAGUUUUGUUUAAACAUCCAAAUCGUUUUCAAGAAUAUUUAAUUGAUUGUACAUUUGCUGAAAUACGUAAUGCGUUCGGCAAAAUACUUGUGGCAUUGGCAACAUCGUCGCGUCAAGAUGAACAACUAUUGAAUAGUAAAACUGCUCCAACAGAUGAUAUUAAAGAUUAUAUGAGUGUUGAAGAACGGAUACUAAAUUAUGUGUUGAGGUUAUUGAAAACAAAAGAUUUUCCAGAAAAUGUCAAAUUACUCACACAAUAUUUUCAAUUUUUCUGUUCUUAUUCGGCGACGGGACGACAUGAGUGUGAACAAUUGAUUCGAUUAAACGUGCCAAUCUUGUUUGCUCAAAUGGUUAAUGAUGAUGGUCAAUCAUCGUGUUCGACAAUGCAAAGAUAUGGUGAACCAGCUAAAUUAUAUGUGAUAUUAUCAACAUUAAUUCGAUGUUUUGAUGUAACACAGUAUUGUAAACCGAGAAAUCCUGAUAGUGAAUUGUUACAAAAUCCAUUUUAUACUCAUAAUGAUGGUGGUCCAUUAUACGCCAUGCCUCUUCAACUGGUUGAUAUUAUUUAUAAACGUGAUGCAUUUUUAAAAAAAAUUAUUGAAGACUCAAGUAACUGUGACGAAUCACAAAAAUUAUUAAAAUUUCUUUUAUGGGAAAAUAUUGAUGUGACAAUUAUUGUUCUUAAUGAAAUAAUUGGUCUUCUUACAUUUUAUUCCUAUGAUUUACGUACUCAUUUCGAUGCUUUAUUGCUAGUAUUGAUGUUAGAAGAUUCUUGGCAGGAAACAAGACUGUUGUAUGCACUCAGAGGAAUGCCUACAACAAAUCAAAUGACAAUGACAAACAAUAUCAUUGGUGGUGAUUUAUCGACAAAUAAUACAACAUCAGCAACAACAACAACAACAACAGCAAGUUGUGUUUUUGAUCAACCACAAAGUUUAUUUGAAAUGUUUACUAAAUCAAAAUCAUCCUAUCAGAAACGGGCAUAUCAGUGUGUAAAAAUGUUGGUUGUACUUUUCUCAUCAUGUCAAAAAGCACAGAAUCUACUUAAAGUUGAUCCAGAUAUAAAAUCACGUUGGACACAUGCCGUUCAGUGGUUACAAGAUCAAUUAGAACGUUCUUACAGUAGUGCACCAGGUUAUCCAUAUUAUCCAUCUCAACAAGGACCCACAACAAGUAAUGAUAUGUCUCAAGGAUAUUUUAUUGAAAGAACACAAAGUGCUCGAUCGUUACUCGAUAAAGCAAUCGAACUUUGUCCUGAUAUGAGAGAUAUGGAUGAACCGUACAAUAGUGAUGAAGAUGAAGAUAUAUCUCCGUCAUCACCGAAUUUGAUCCCAAUGAACACGGGAAGUAAAACAUCGACACCAUUAUCACAAACUUCUGUUAAAUUUCCGUCGUCAUCGUUACGUCCAAAUUCUCCAAAUGCAUCAAAUAAUCUAAUAGUUUCACCGUCAACCGGUUCAAUUAAUCAGCAACAAUUUAAUCAAGCCAAACAUUCGAACACUCGACCAUGA